AAUAAAAAAACAGGGAUAGUUAAGGCGUAUAGUUUCUCAGUUUGCUUAAUAAAUUAACAGUUCCAGAUAGAACUACAGCAGUCAGACUUAAAAAGACCUUUUACUGCAUUCGGAGGCAUAACCAGUCUGUAACAGAAAUUCUACUACCAAUACGUUCGUUUUAACACGUCCCUUUCAAGCGAACGAACAACUAUUGCGAGCUUUAGUUAUUACGUCAUACUCAUGGGACGGAAAAGCAGAGCUUUUCGUGUUGUAAAAGUGCAGAACUUUAUUUCAGCGUGGGUUAAUUGAAUUAUGAGACAGGAGAAAAAGGAGGAUUUAGAGCCCACCAGUUAUGAAAGAGCUGUAUUUAAAAAUGCCUCUGACUACCAUUACCUAAAGAUCCAUCUUGAUUGUGAAGAAGAAGUUCGUUUAAAUGAUGCUCAUUUUAAGCAGCUAAUUAUUUCUGCAUUAAAGGACCUGCAUGGCGAGGUUGGAGCAUCGUUACCAUUUGAUGUUCUUAAAUUUGAUGAGAAAUCCUUGUCUGCAAUACUGAGGGUGUAUAGCAGCGGCCUUGUCAAGUUAUGGAGUGCUCUCACUUUGCUUGGAUCCUACCAUGGUAAGAGGUGUGCAUUCAGAGUAGAGCAGGUUUCCCCAUUUCUUCUGUCACUGGCUGGUAACAGCAGAGAACUAGUACUGGACUAAUACUUUUGGGUUUUAUUAUCAGUGUAUGAUUCUGCAUACUGAGAAACCAUUUACUU